AUGGCAAAAUGUAUGGAAGAUACAUGGGAAGCUAUUCUCGAAGAACAGCUAGAGGAAAUUACUGUUCUUCAGUCAAUCUUUGGGGAUGAUCUCCAGAUCCUCCAAACAGGUGAUAGCUAUUCCAAAACUUCUUUUGCUUUGAAGAUCAAAGUCAACAUUCCUUACGACACAAUCAAAUUGGAAGCUUCUGUUCCUGUCGUAGCUCUAAAAAGUGGUUUGAAGGAGAAAGAAGUCUCCAGUGAUUCUAAUUUCGUUAAGAGUCAUCCUCGUGAACAAGAAAUUAAUCUGGAAGCAAGUUCUAUAGAUGAAAAUGAUCACGGCGUUUCUUCUAACAGUCUCUCAGGAUGUUCAAGAAAACCUGGUUUUACUAGGUCUGUGUCUUUGCAAAACUGGCACGUGAAUGCAGACAUUCAAUACUUUACUCCAAUACAUCUUACUUGUUCACUACCUCCACUUUACCCCACAGAGUGCCCACCUGAUUUUUCCUUGGCAUGCCUGUGGCUCACCACAAGUCAGCUACAAGUAUUGCAGGGCAAGCUGAUGCAAUUGUGGAUGGAGACUCCUAAUUUGCCAAUAAUCUUUACUUGGGCUGAUUGGUUGCAAAAUGAUGCAUAUGAGUAUUUGCAGUUGGGUAAACACCUGGUUCUGAAAGAGUCUGAUGAAAAUGAAAUUGUCCCUCAUUGUAACACCCCUCGUCAUUCGCAAGUAGGUGUACUUUCAAGCAAAGGAUUCAACUCAAAGUUGGAGACAGUUUUGCUGACUAUCUUUGAACAUGACAUUGAGAUGCAAAAGCAAGCAUUUUGCCAAAACACACACCUCUGUGAAAUUUGCUUUGAUGAAAAGAGAGGUACAGAAUUUCAGUACCUCCAAGAGUGCAAGCACUUCUUCUGCAUCGACUGUGUGAGAGCACAUUGUCAGUUGCACAUAGACAGUGGAAAUGUAUUAAAAUUACUAUGUCCAAGCCAUAAUUGCGAGACAAAAAUUCCACCAGAAGUUCUUCAAAUGGUUCUUGAUGAUGAGAAGUUUGAGCGAUGGGAAAGGCUGCUCCUCAGCAAGACUUUGGAUGUUAUGGGUGGGGUUGUUUAUUGUCCAAGAUGUAGUAUAGCAGUUAUUGUUGAUGAAGAUGAAUCCUUGAGACUUGGCCACUGUGCAAAUUGCUUUUAUGCAUUUUGUACUGAAUGUUAUGAAUCUUGGCAUCAUGGAUUGCCGUGCCAUAUAGAAGCUGAUUUGGGUUCUAAGGAUGAAGCUGCAUGUAGCAGUGAAGAUUAUGGUGAGGUGCAUGUAGACUCAAGUGCUGCUCUACGAACACGCCCAUGUCAAGGCUGUUCUGUUAAAAUGGAUAAGGCGAAAUUUUACUACUUAUAUAAAUGCAGUCACUUCUUUUGUACAAAGUGCUUGAGGGAACAUAUUGAAAGGCAUAUUAACAGUUGUUGUACUUAUACUUUAAGAAUUCAAUGCAUAAAUCAAGCUUGCAAGGCACUAAUCUCAGAAGAAAUUAUACAAGGGAUAGUUGAUGAGGCAACAUUGCGAAUGCGCAUGUGUCGAAACUGCUCUGUUAAAAUGGACAAGGCAAAAUUUCAUUACCUUUAUCAGUGUAAACACUUCUUCUGCACAGAAUGUUUGAAGGCACAUAUUCAGUGGCAUAUUGAUUGUAGAACUUUAUUAAACAUAAGGUGCCUGUAUCCUGGUUGCAAAGCAGCAAUCUCAGUGGAAAUCCUACGUGGGAUACUCGAUGAAGAAACAUUUAGGCAGUACGAAAAACUGUUUCGUGUCAAGACUUUAGAAGAUUUGGGUGUCACUGAUGUGGACAUCUGCCCAAGAUAUACCAUGGCCGUAGUCUUUGAUGAGGAAGAGUCAUCAAGCCAUGGUUUAUGUGCAUACUGUUCUUUUGAAUUUUGUACAGAGUGCUUUGAACCAUGGCACCAUGGAAAGCCAUGUUUUAAAGAAACUGACUUGACAGUUCAUGAUAAGAAAAAUGAUGAACUGAAAGGCAUCUUUUCAAAGUCCAAAGAAAAUGAUAGUAGAGAGGAUGCAGACAGGAGUGCAGUGGCUGCAGCGUCAUCUUCUGGAAGGCAAGAAAGAGAGUACAGGGAACAAAAACUCAGCAACCUAUCAUUCAUCCGGCUGAUGAGGCAACAGGGAAAUUAUCAGUCUUGUCCAAGGUGCCGCAUGGCUGUAGAAAGAAUCUCUGGAUGUGAUAUGAUGCACUGUUCACAAUGUACAGCGAGCUUUUGCUGGACGUGUGGUAUGUGUAGUGACUACAGUUAUACUACUUCAGUCUACUUGUACUUUGUGAUUAAUCACCCGCAGAUAAGCAGCACCUUACUUUGUUUUUCCCUAAAAUUAUCCUCAAUAGUUUUUAAUGUGGCUGACCUCCGAGAAAAUCUUUUCAAGCAAUUUUAUGGCUCAAAUUGCAUUUUUGUGUCCUUUGUAAGUUCUGGCUGUGGCACUGAAUCUUCAAUAAAUUAAUCUCAUUACAAAUAUAAAAUAUAAAUCAAUA